AUGGACCCAAGUCCACCUAACAUCGGGGCGCUGUCGGGCUUGUCUACCUCCGAGCGCUCAUCAUCCGCGCGGGGUCCGGGGGGUAAGCAGAUCACCCGAAAUCGGGUGAGCUACAGCUGCCACACCUGUCGCCGGCGGAAGGUGAAAUGCGACAAGGUCCAUCCCAUAUGUAGCAAUUGCGUGAAGACCGGUGCUGAGUGCGUUUACGAUACGGCGUCGCAGAAACGGGACGAUGAGCGAGAUGAAGCCGAACGCAGUAAUCAAGGAGUCAAGCGACGGAGGGGAACACCGCGAACGUGGGAAGAUGAUGUGGAUGAGCUGCAAUCGAUAUACGGUCAUUUAAGACAGACGGAAUCGCCAACGGGUCAAAAGCCCGAUUCGCGAGCCAUCGAACAUCGCCUAGACAAGUUGAUGUCAAUGAUUGAACGAAUAAAUGGCUCGAGCAAUGCUCUCGAGGCAGCAGACAAGCAUGCUGCAGCUCCGAGUGCUGCAGUUGAAUCCGCCCUAUUGGAGGAAUUGCGCCGGGCGCAUGCUCGGAAUGGGAGAACCGCAUCCCCAAGACCCUCAAGUCCACGUCGCGCUGCUGCAGAAUCAAGUGGUGAUGAAUUUCCCAUUCCUUCAGGUCAAGCGACUGAUUUGGUGGACCCUAUUGGAAGUCUUAAUCUGGGUCACUUGAGUUUGGAGGAUGGUGGAAGGUCGAGAUAUGUUGGAACGACAUACUGGGCUUAUAUCUCCCAUGAGAUCAAUGAUCUCAAUCAAUUACUUCGAGACCAGAAUAGAUCGCACGAUCUAGCGUCAUCUGAGACCGCCAACGACGACCCAAAUGACCCCGCCUCCAGCGGUCGCAGAGCUUGGAGAGAAUCCGUCAGCAGUCCCAAUUACUCUACUUCAUCACGAUCUCGAGGAGGAUCAUUGCCACAAACCGGAAUCUUCCAAUCCGGCGAUUCACCAUCCGGGGUUGAGAGAGUGGUGGAACCAGAGAUGCUUGAACAUGUACCCAGUCGACGUCAAAGCCACAUCCUUUACAAAGGAUUCAUGUCUGGGGUCCAUGCGAUCAGUCCAGUCGUUCAUCCUCCAUCUGUAUUAAAACUUUACAAUGCCUUUUGGGACUGGUAUGACUACAGUAGCUACUCUGGAGAGCCAUGUCCAAGUCCCACAUUCAUACCACUACUCUACGCAAUAUGGUACGGUGGCUCUGUUACCAUUUCCCUUCGCACAAUCAAGGCUGAGUUCAAUUCAGUCUCUCGAUUUGCCCUGUCUUCGUUGUAUAAUGAAGAGGUUACUCGGUGGUUAGCAAGGAUAUCAUUCCCUCGAAGCCCAUCUCUUCAAGGGUUGUCAGCCUAUCUGAUCGUCCAGACGAUUUUGUCCAAAGAAGAAGAACCUCUGACAAGUAGUCUCUUUGUCAGUCUCGCGAUGCGAGUAGCACAAACCAUGGGCCUGCACCGAGACCCUGCUAAAUUCGGGAUUGAGUCAUGUGAAGCGGAGUACCGGCGAAGGCUUUGGUGGCAUAUCAUGCACAUGGACGGUGUCGUCGCCAUGUCAAGUGGUCUUCCUCCACUGGUGAGCGAUGAGAAUUAUUGGGAUGUGCGUGAAACGAGCGAAAUCAAGGAUAACAUGCUUGGCUCUCCAGCCGCCGAGUGUUAUGAACAGCUCAUUGCAACGAACCAGCGACUUCCAGAUGACCCCGAUGACCCGUCUGUAUGCGGUGGAUCUUCGAUGGUUAACGUGUUCUAUCUGACUGCUAGAGGAAAGUACAUCAUGGCGCGUGCGGUCCGUCGCAUUUUGCGUAUCCAAUUGGGCACGAAACCCGUAACUCGAAGAGAUAUGGAAGAGUUGCGUGCAAUUCUUCUUGAUCUUCAGCUCAAACUUAACUCCAUUGUCAACAGAAUUCCCGAGGGAAUGCCGAACCAGACACCAGGGUCAACGGGCCGGGCCAUGUCGAUGUCCAAGUCACCUGUAGAGGUACAGUCCACCGAAACAGAGCUUCCAGGUGAAGGCACUGGUGGUUGCACAGAACAAUACCAUUCUCUAGUUCUGGUUUCGUUCCAUAAAUGGGCUAGAAUUAUCCUAUCGUUGUACAUCGACAAGGCUUUCUGUGUCGCAUAUCAGCCAUUCUUAAAGAAUGCUCGAAGUCGAAUCUGGCCUAAUGCCAGACAGAGCGCUCUUCGUCACUGCCAUGGGUUUAUGGAGAAGUUCAUCCAGCUAGCCACGGAUCCAGAUUUCCAACCAUUUCACUGGAGCUGGCCAGGAAAUCAUCAACCUAUGCAUGCCACAAUGAUCAUGCUCAUUGAUUUAUACGAGCGACCCUAUAGCCCGGAGGCUUCUAAAUCCCGCGCCUUCAUUGAUCGAAUUCUUGCCUUAUCCGGUCCAGAUGGCGGCGUGGUAGGCGGAGAAGAUGGUAUCUCAACCCAGCGGCCACUUAAAGACGGCGGCCGCGAGGCCUGGGAUAUGAUCCGCCGUCUUCGCCAGAAGGCCUGGCAAAAGGCUGGUCUAAACCCGCAAAUGCUCUGGACCGAGCAAGAUCAGAUCCAAGCAGGUAUCGCCUCACCAGCAGGAGAGCCACCUAGCUUACGUGGGUCUUUUCCUUCGGGGUCGCCUGCACCUGGAUCUCCAGCAGCUUCAUCAGCGCGUCAAGGUACUGCCGGGUCUGACCGUCAGUUGAACGAUUUUAAUCGAAUGUUCUAUAAUAUGACGCGCUCCCAACUUGCGACUCUCAAGCCUAGUCCCUUACGAUACUCUUAUCAACCUCCAGCACGAACAUCUCUCUCUCUACCAACUGCACAGUAUAGCUCUAAUCCAGCCGCUGUGACAACGCAAUCUAAUUUGGCAUCACCAUCUGUCAUAUCAUCAUCCCCUGUCGUCUCCCCGUCUCUGAGUAUACCUUCCCCAUCCGUCAGUUCCUCCGCCGCAGCCUCUCGUACUCAAACUCAACUAGCCCAUCCUCCACAACCACUCUCCACUACAAAUCAUUCUUCCCCACAUGUAUCCUUCAUGGAUCCUAUGUCUCCAAAUCAACCUUCAAUGGGUGUUCCCACGCCUCCGUCGAUGGUUGAUCCAAAUCUCAAUUUCGACUGGGAUCAAUGGGAUGCUGUCUUUGGGCAACAUCUUCCCGUUUCCGAUGAAUUAAUGGAAUUGGACCCUGUCUCCGGCCUGGAAUUUACGAAUCUUGGAAUUCCUACUCUGCAUAUUGGGAAUAGUAGGAAUACCACUGAUAUGGCCUCUGGGAAUUUGCCAUCACCCUGGAUGAACAGGGUAUCGCCCAGUGAUUCAAGUUGGACUGGUUAUUGUUAA